AUGUCCAAAGAUCCAAAGAAGAAGCCUGUUGCAGGUAAGAACGUUGUACCAGAAGAAGAAAAAACUGGCAAGGCACUGUUUUACUACAAUGAUGAUAUCAUCUAUGAUGGAGAGUGGAUGCUUAAUGAAGAAACAAAUCAAAAACAAAAACAUGGAUUCGGAAUUUAUAAAGAUGGAUCAAAUGUUUAUGAAGGACACUUUGAGAAUGAUUUAAUGCAUGGUAAAGGAAAGAUGUCUUGGGCAAACGGAUCUCAAUAUGAAGGUGAUUUUGUAAAGGGAUUGAUGGAAGGUAAUGGAAUUUAUACAUGGCCAAACAAGACUCAACGUUAUGAAGGAACUUGGGUGAAUAAUAAGAUGCACGGAAGAGGUCGUUUUACAAGUGAUGAUGGUAAAGUAUGGAAGGGAUACUUUUAUAAUGGAAAAGGGGAAAAUCUUGAGAGAGAGCUUGCCCUUUAAUAUCUCGAAUCAAGAAGGGUUAUCUUAUUUUAGCCGCCAAAACAAAUCUACAGCGAUUUUUCAUCUCUGACCGUUACAUCAAAAUGAAGUGAUGAUGCUUAACACUAAUACCAAUUAAAAAAAAAGAUGAGCAAGGAUAAAGAAAAUGGAACCUUUGGUUUGAGAUGGAAAGAUGUGGAUCCCUCACUAAUUGUAAAUAAUGAUAGAAUUUGGAGAAAUUCAAUAAAGAAUGAAUCAGUCAU